UAAAAUAAUAAUUACCUGUUUAAUGCUCGCGAUUUCAGUAUUAAACUUUGAAUGAUACAUAUUAAGAAGUAUCAUUCGUCCACCGAAAGAAAACAUAUUUUUUAUUUGUGGAAUAUUCCACUACGUUAACGUUUCGUAAUAACAGAUCAACUUUCAGCGUUUCCGAUAUUAUUGCGAAAUGUGUACACGUGCAAGCAACGAUGCAAUCUAAUGCAACUUUAUUUAUCAGCUAUUUUACAUAGGGCUGUCAUUGCGCUGCUUAUCUAAUACUCAAUGUAUGAAAAUUGUAUGAAACGGUGUGUAAACCCCAAGUGUUUUUGAUGUAUCAACAAUUGACCAUACUUUAGUUACUUUCAUGUUAGGCAUUUGCCGCCUUAUAAAUCACUAAGUUUUUCAUUAUGAACAUUCAAUCGUGAUCAGCGAUCGGUACAUUGUUGUACUCAGUCAGUACAGUCAGUGUCGUCAACCGCCUUUAACAACAACAGUUAAAGAAAAUCAUCGCGCCGCGCCGGCCUGCGCUGCUAACGACUUGAAGUUGAGUAAGUUCAAAGCAAGCCAAGGAAAUAAUGUCCGAUUCUGAGGGUUCAUACUAUCAAUCACCAACAACCGUUGAACCAAAAACAAAAACGAAUUAUAAGCCCACAGAAAACAAUGGAAAACGCAAAUCAAAAUCAGCCCGUCCCAGUAAAAAAGCUACGAGUGAUAGGGAUAUAUUCGGUAUCAGCCAAAGCCAUCGAUUGCCUUCGACAUGCCUGUCGUCGCUGUUCGUGUACAGAGUGGCUAACGGGUGCGAGAGACGCACAGCUCGCACCGAUGGCGAGUACUACAUCGACUGCAAGGUGUACCGAGCUGACGACGCGCGCAACACCGAUUCGCUGGAGUUGUGGAAGAAGGCAAUCGUACGUAUCAAGGUACAGACCGACAUAGAUUCUCCCCAGUGGCGAAAACUACAGGAGUUUGUACGUUCCGCAGAUGUUUUGUUUCCCGAAAAACCCAUGUUUUAUGACAAAUGAAUAAUAUGGUUUUAUUUCAAUGAAUGUUUU